AACGCGCAAAGGCUGGAUACCACCCAGUGUCAUAAAGGGCCUACGUACCAGACGCCAUUUUCUCUUCCUUUUUCAAGCUUGUGAAUGACACGGAAUGGUGCUACCCUUCUUAUUUCCAAUUUGAUUCGCUCAUUUGAACUAUCUAAGUACGUCUGUUACUUUGUGGUGCAAAGGUGCUGGUGAUACGUCUUUAGUGGAAGUGGGCGUCGUAAAAUACGGAACGUAAAAUACGGAACGUAUUUAUGAAAUCUGGCCGAGGCAGAAACGGCGCUGAGAAGACAUUCAAGAUAUGCGCGUAAUAAAUACAUCAAACCCCGCGCCGUGUGCCGACUGCAGCUGGUGCGCCUCCGCCAUGGACAUGGAGGACAGCGACCAGGAGGAGCUCGAGGGGCCCGAGAAGGACUGCGACAGCCAGGAUGAGCUCUCGGCCGAGCUGGCCCUCGAGCGGCGGCUCGGCUUCCGGCCGCAGAAGCGUCUCUCGUCGCUGAACCACCUGCCGUACAGCGGCGGACUCGACCAGGAGGCGGCCGACAACCUGGCCAAGAUCAAACUGAACCUGGCCACGGCGGUUACUGAGAACGACCGACGCGGCUUUCAGCUCUACACACGACGACUGGAGAUAUUUUUAAACAACUACCUCCUGUUCAUGUCGAAGGAGGACCACGUUUUAUUUGUGAAGCUGUAUUUGGCCAUGAUGCAGCGGUCACCAACUGACUACAGGAACAUUGGCAACUGCAGCAAACUAGUGCGGCGGCUGCUGAAGAGGGCAAAACGACACUUGUCGAGGGACGACCUUGUAAUUGAGUGGCGUCCGAUCUAUGACCUGUACAAGAGCUUCUCAAAGCACCCUUUCAAAACCAUGCGACUCAACUUCCAUCUCGACUCUACUCCAAGGAGUGUGAAGUCGGUGGCUCGUGUUUGUAGGAGUUUCUUCCCAGUGGAGGCCACAGAGGAGAUCCUGGCUGAACUGCUGCCGGGUCUGUGUCCGUUCGACACCAACGCCACCUGGGUGCUGGAGUGUCUGGAGGCGUUCCUGCCGACGGACCUGCCGCCCGAGCUGUACGAGCACGGCUGGCGCCUGUGGCUGCCGCAGCUGACCAACCUACUGCAGAUCAUGGAGAACAGCGGCGCCUGGGAUCAGUCUCUGUGCACGCUGAUGGCGCGGCUGGCGUACGAGAACCCCGGCCAGAUCGACUGGUCUACUCUCCGUCCGGAGGUAUUCGCUCGCCUCCUGCGCUCGUUCGGGCUGCCCAUCUCGUACAAGAAGGUGGCGCAGCCGCGCUCGGACGUGGAUGCCAUCCCCGGCCUCACCUCCUGGGUCGUCGGCAUGCUGGGCGGCGGCACGGAGACCCAGGUGUACCUGGACCGUCUGCUGGAGGCCGUCGAGUCUUACUACUACGCGUCCAACGCGGGCAGCUGGCAGGACCCGCUCAGCCGCUUCCUCAGCCACCUCUGCUCCGUGUUUGUCCGCCGUCUCAACAGAGAGCGUCACAAGAAGGCCUCCUGGUUCCACUACACGGCGCCGGGACACGAGCUUUCCGAUGACGAUGUCACCCGCUUCGUCAAGAGCGUGCUGCCCUGCGCCCUGCUAGGCAUCUACUCAUGGGGCCACAGCCACCGUGCGACCAAGUGUCUGCGCGCGCUGGCCCAGCUGCGUCCAGAUCUGGUCAUCACACCCAUCAUUGAGAGUUUCCACCAGUCUCUGGAGUCGGUCACGGAGCCACAUCGCCUCACCUCCACAAUGAACGCCGUGAGCGCUGUUCUCCGCACCAUGACCGAGUCAGGCCCGCGGCCAGAGGUGGUGCCGCUGCUGCAGCUCGUGCUGCCCGGCAUCGAUCCCAACGACAAGCUGAAGACCAUGUGCACGUUCGUGCUGAUCGACCGGCUGGCCGAUAUGAUCACGUUUGUGGACUGCUCGAGCGAGGCCGACAACCCGGAGCUGACUGAGCUGGAGCAGCAGGCCUGUCUGCAGACGGCCGGCAUGGAGGACGUGGUCCUCCAGCUGCUGUCGCGCUUCCUGGCCCUCCUGGAGCCCAACAGCCAGGAGGGCAACUCGCGGCCCGACCAGCAGCACAAGCGCGGCUCGCAGGAGGAGACCGUGCUGCCCACUGUGCUCCGCACAGCCUGUUUUAGCAUCCUGAACAAGGCGUCGCCGGAGAUCCAGCGGUGCGCGGUGCUGAAACUCCGCGACUGCAUGGCUGGGAGGAUUUUGGAGACGAGACUUUCGGGAAAGCUGGCGGCCGUCAUCUGCUGUGGAGCCAUCAUGGCGAACCCGGAGCUGGGUCUGCGCACGCUGAUCCCGCCGGUAGUGCAGACCAUCCUGGAUCUGUCUGAGGACGUUCAGCACGAGGAGAAGCUGGACCAGGAGCUGCUCUUCAACCUGCUGCUGCUCAAGGAGAUGGUGUGCUCGUGCGGUCAGUACCUGCUGCCGUACCGCCCGCUCCUAGAGCAGGUACUGGAGCGCGGCCGCCACCUGGCCUGUCCGGAGGGCGCCGAGCUGACCUCGGAGCUGUUGCUCAGCGUGCUGACCGCCCUGCUGGCCGUCUACAUCACGGACCAUGGAGGGCUGAAGGGCCGGCUGGCCGACCCUCAGCAGAGACACCUCAUCGUCAGGGAAUGGGGCAAGUGCACGGAUAUGCGCUCUCUGGAGAUCUCUUGGCACGUGCCCACUGAGGAGGAGGUGCUCUGGGCUGACUCGCUGGUUCACCAGUUCGUCGAGCCGGAACUGGACGAGUUGGAGCUGUUCAUGGAGGACGUCAGCAGACUCAACAAUGAGCAGCUGCUGUGCCGUCUGAAACUCCUCCACCACGGUCUGAAGGGCGCCUCGUACGCGCUGCCGGCCGUACGAGAUCUGCCCAUCGACCUCCUGAAUAUCGCGGUGGACAUGAGCCCCCUGACCCUGGACACGGGAGCCGCCCAGCUGCCCAGCUGCGCCGGCCUGCGGGCGCGUAUUCUGAGCGUCAUGCACCGGCUGACGGACACGCUGACCACCCAGAGGCCCGACGAUACCAAGUCGCUCGGCAAACUGUGCACGAUUAUGGAGACGGCCCUGUUCCACUUUGGUGUGAAGCGGAGUGAGAACGAGAACGAGAUCAAGGUGAUGCACACCACUCAUUCGUCUCAGGGAAAGGACUUCGGGCCGAAAAAGUACUCCAGUCGCACCCUGGCAGCCUGGGUGCAGCUGCAGCACAACCAGCGGGUCGUCUACGGCAACACUGUGCCUUUCUGCGAAACCUUCCGCAUGGUCAUCCACGACGUCUUCAAGCUCGCCAUCAAUCACUACAGCUACGUGCGUCAGGUGGCGCAGAGCGUGCUGUUCCGCUGUGUCAGCCACUGCCAGCAGGCGCUGCUCGUGCUGUGGCCACUGCUGGUCGAGAUGCUCGGGAAGCCAGACAUCACUCACGAACAACUCAAGGGUCUGCUGUACGUGGUGAUCGGGCCCGGCAUGCAGUCUCUGCUCUCCGUCCAGGAGUGGGACAUGGCCGAGGCCCUGUGGCCUGCCCUGGUCACCUGCGCGAGCUCGGAGAAGGACUCGAUUGUGGUGCUCAUCGAAAAGCUGCGCAAGGGAACGGAUCUGUACGAGGCGACCCCGCUGGAGCUUCAGAUGUCUGAAGAGUGUGUGAAGCUGGUGCCGCUGCUCUGGGCCAGCCCCCCGAUCGUGAAGCCGCCCAUCACCCAGUCGGCCUCCAUCACCGCGGAGGGGGCCGAGCGCCUGGCCGCGCUGAGCCGACAGAACCGCGCCUCCUACGACAACCUGCUGGAUAGCCUGCUGACGCUCAUGGAGUCGGGCACGCUACACUGGCGGCGCUACGAGAUGUGUCUGGAGUUCGUGUGUCUGCUGGUGCGUCCCGACGUGCCGGCGCCGGCCAGACUGGUGCGGUUCUUCCUGCAGGGCCUGCUACACACGUCCAUCUUCGUCAGGAAGACGUCUGUCCUGGCGCUGGGCGCCAUCCUGAAGCAGCAGAAGGGCCGCCACGAGACGGUGGUCGUCGAGCCGUCGAUGGUGGCCGCCCUGCACCGUCCCAUGUACGCGCACCGGCCGCUCAGCGCGCCCGACGGCGACUGGCGCACCUGGUCUCAGUUCGGAGACCGCGCCAACAACCUCUGGAUGCAGUACGACAGCGCCACGGCGCCGCGCGACGCCCGGGAGUGGGAGCACGCGCGCUACGUGCACAAGAUGAAGUGGGGCUACGCGCGCUGGCCGGCUCAGAUGCGCGUGUACAAGCAGCGCGCGGACGGCGAGACGGUAGCGCCGCCGCCGGCCGGAACAGAGGAGGCGGUGGAGGCCGUCAGGGCGUUCGUCGCCUCCCCUGAGUCGGUCAGAGAUCUGGUGAACUUCCUCAGCCUGGAGGAGCACAAGGGACGCGACGUGUUCGCUCAGGCGCCCUUCAUCCUCUUCAAGGGUCUGUUCAGGAACCACGGCGACCAGGUACUGGAUGCGCUCAAACCUCACAUGGACCGGCUCAGCGAGGACAUGACCGAGAGUGCGCAAAAGUGCCUCUGCGAGAUCAUAGCAGGCCUGGUGCGCGGCAGCAAGCACUGGCCGUUCGCAACCAUCGAGCGGAUGUGGCAGUAUCUGCUGCCUCUGAUCCGCCGCGGCCUGGGCAGAAUCCACCAGGAGUCGGCCCAGAACUGGGGCGAGUGUGUCAGCCACUGCGUGGCGGACCGUGACCCGAACCGUCACCACUGGCUGCUAGAGGAGAUGAUGCAGCCCGCCUUCGAGAGGGACGAGUCCAUGUUCCUCAUCGGAAUCAGACUCUUCCUGCUGCAGAACGUGGUGGGUGAGAUGGAGUGGCGCGGCGCCGAGCUGCUGCACAGGGUCAAGGACAUGGUGAUGCCGCAGCUGGACCACCCCUACCAGAACAUCCGCAGCAGGGUCGGAGGGUUGCUGACCAAGGUGUACCAUCUGGACGUGUACGGCGGUCCGGAGACCCUCAGUCCCCGCUCAGACAGUCUGGUGGAAGAGGUUCUGCCGCGACUCGACAUCCUGCUCAACACAGACAGCAGCGCGAAUGGGGCGGCGGCCGACCCGGCCGGUAACGGCAGCUCCCCCGUCAGCGAGGAGAAACAGAGCGCCAUGAGAGUCCUGAAAACCGUGUGCCAGUAUCUGCUGACGUGCGCUCACACCAUGCUCAAGUUCAUCACGCCCAAGAUGAUGGAGCUGCUGCCACACCUGUGCGCCAUGGAGUCGUACGACAUCGAUCGCGACCUGCAGGCGCACUGUGUCAGGACGCUUCACGCCAUGGCGGUGCCCCGUCACGACGCGGCCACGAUGCGCGCCCUGCUGCGCGCAGUCGGCGUGGUGAUGGACCACCCGUACUGGCGUGCGCGCGUGGCCGGCCUGGCGUUCCUGCAGGCGGCAGCGUUCCACAACAUGUUCCUGCUGCUCGGCCAGGAGGACGAGGCGCAAACGGUGACCGAGUGUGUGGUGCGCGGACUGCACGACGCGCGUGUCGAGGUCCGCGAGAUGGCCGUCCAGGUGUUCAGCGGACUGCUGCACUGCGGCUUUAUCGACAGCGCGCGACAGCAGGAGCUCCGGUCGGAGUUUGAGCAGAUGGCGUGCACGCGUCUGAGCCGGCGCGGCCGCGGCUCGGCACCCUCCCCCGACCACGUGGCCCAGCUCCGGCAGCGACACACGGGCGUGCUAGGCCUUUGCGCGUUCGUGAACGCGGCGCCGUACGACGUGCCGGAGCACCUGCCGCAGACGCUGAUGACGCUGGGAGAUCACGUCAACGACCCCCCGCCCAUCCAGACCACCAUCCGCAAGACGAUGACCAACUUCAAGCGGACGCACCACGAGAACUGGCGCCUGCACCGGCAGAAGUUUACAGAUGAUCAAUUGACGGUGCUGACGGAUCUGCUGGUGUCACCGUCUUACUAUGCGUGAUACCUCCUCCCAUCCCGCCGCCGCCGCGCAGCUAGGAACGCAGGGCCGGCCUCGGGCGGCCCAGGGACGGUCCACAAGAUGUGGCGUCACGGCAGGCACCGCCGGUUAUUCGGCGCCCCCGGGGGCUCGCCGAGGGGCGGUGUGCCCCUGCGCUGGGGUUCGGGCGGCUGGUCGGUGCCGGUCGCCGUUCCGAUGGUGUUGUGCCGUGCGGUGGACGCAGAGCGCUGUGUGUCGAGGUCUGCGCGGCGUGGCUAGCCGAGGGACGGUUCCCAGCGAGUGAUCCGGUGACGCGGUGGUCCGGUGAGUCGCUGACCGCUGUCGGUCUGUACAGAAGCCUGGUGAGAGGGUACUAAGAGGAGGGGGGGGGGGGGGGUCGGGGCGUGACAGGGGGAUGGUGGGGAGGGCACCGCGUGUGUGGGACAAACUGAUUGACCUUAUGGUAGCGACCUCGGCAGGAUCAGGACGCGCCUCAGAGCCGCGUGUGACCUGGCCUGACCUCCGUGAGGUGGGACUGUGACCUGGCGUGCGAUCUGACCCGGGACGGCAGGCGUCGCGCGGCGAGAAUGUUUUAGCCUUUGUUUUAGUCGGUGGCGGUGAACGCACUGCCACAUUGCAGGGCUCGCGACGCGUGCCAUUUCCCUCAUUAUCGUGCAGUUUUGCAAAUUGUUUGAUAUCUUUAUCCGUGAGGGUUGAUGAAGACGAAUAUAGACACCCGAUUCCGAA